UCAACUGCAAGCUCAACAAUGGCGUUAAAGCGACACGCGCAAAUAGACCCACAAUGCCACGUGUCGUCCUAGCGAUUGCAGAUGAGGUUGCUUCAACGUGUGGUCUUCACGCUGCUCCUCCGCUCCCUCCAAAGAUCUCCGGCCAACGCGAAAUAUCUUUCCACCCGAUAUUUAUACGCAAUACGCUUGCUUUUACGCAACGCAAAAAACACUUCCGUAAAUCAAUAAAAUAUUCGCGACUCCCAAUCACUCGGAAACACUUCGCAGUGCAUGAACACUCCUACUCUCAAUCAUCCACUCUUCCCAUGGCCACCGUCGUCGCCAGGCUUCAAAUCUCUCCGCCCGCCGAUCACGUGAGCUUGAGGAACCGUUGUGGAGCUUCCCGCUCGCUGGCUUUUCGCCGGAGUUCUGUGUGUUCGCAGCAGUGCAGGUCGUUUAGGUCCGAAGAGGGAGGGGAAACCGGAGAGAGUGCCACGAAGGAGAGAAAGUGCGGGAAUCAGAAGGAAAAUGGGUUGGAGUCCAGGAAGGGACUUGGGGUUUUGAAAUUUGUCAAGUCUGCCAUUUUUGGAGUUUGUAAUUGGCGUCUACGGUCGGAAGAUGAGUACCGGAACGACUUGGCGAAGUUGGAGGAGAUUUUUUCCACGAUAGCUGUCCAAAUUGGAAGAUAUAUUGUAACAAUGGCGAGUACUGGUGUAAUAGUUGCAAUUGGGUUUCAACUGUCAGGCGGAGAUAGUCAAAUGAACACUUUGAUUUGGUAUAGUUGGCUUGGAGGAGUUAUUAUUGGAACUAUGAUAGGAUCCAACUUGGUUUUAGAGGAACAUUCUCGAGCUGGACCACGCAAUGUUGUCGUAACAGGAAGUACUAGGGGACUGGGGAAAGCACUUGCUCGGGAAUUUCUUCUAUCUGGAGAUCGAGUUGUUGUUACUUCACGCUGCCUUGAGUCUGUAGAAUUGACUAUCAGAGAACUUCAGGAGAACCUAAAGGAAGGAAUGCGCACUGCAGGUGGCUCCUCAACGACAAAUCUGGCACGUGCAAAAGUGACAGGCAUGGCAUGUGAUGUUUGUAAACCUGAAGAAGUGCAAAAAUUGGCCAAUUUUGCGGUCAAUGAAUUUGGAUCAAUUGACAUUUGGAUUAACAAUGCUGGCACAAACAAGGGUUUUAGGCCCUUGCUUCAGUUUACUGAUGAAGAUAUUAAUCAGAUUGUCUCAACAAAUCUAGUUGGAUCUUUACUCUGCACUCGUGAAGCCAUGUGUGUGAUGAGAAACCAGAAUAAGGUGGGGCACAUAUUUAACAUGGACGGAGCAGGGUCUGGGGGGUCUAGCACCCCUUUGACAGCUGUCUAUGGGUCAACAAAGUGUGGCCUUAGGCAGCUUCAGGCCUCCCUUUUGAAGGAAUGCAAGAAAUCCAGGGUAGGAGUGCAUACAGCUUCUCCAGGCAUGGUCCUGACAGAUUUGCUCUUGAGUGGCUCUACUAUUAAAAAUAAACAAAUGUUCAACAUUAUCUGUGAGCUUCCUGAGACAGUGGCUAGGACAUUAGUUCCGCGGAUGCGGGUUGUAAAGGGAACUGGGAAGGCCAUCAAUUAUUUGACUCCUCCUAGGAUAUUACUUGCUUUAGUCACUGCAUGGCUGAGACGAGGUCGCUGGUUUGAUGACCAGGGAAGGGCAUUGUAUGCAGCAGAGGCAGACCGCAUUCGUAACUGGGCCGAAAAUCGCACUCGAAUUUCUUUUACAGAUGCAAUGGAAAUGCACAUGGAGAACAACUGGAUGCCUAUCUUCUCUCUUUCUGUUGUUUGUGCAUUCAUAAUCCUCUCCAGUACUACAGGUAGCACAUUUCCUGGCACAUGAACCACGAUGGGCCGUUGACACCAGGAAGCAUCCACAAGCAAUAAAGUCAUCAAAGGAAGCUGAUUGUAAUGCUUGAAUUACAAACGAGGAGAAAUGUACAGCACAAACAACUGGCAUGUAUUUUUACCAGUCGUCGAUUAACACAUUCUUCAUCCAUGCAGGGUGCUCUCUUAGAUUGCUAGCCCUAGCUACCCCCAAUGUAUUGGGAGUCUCGGAUGCGUUCUACACUUGUACUCCACUACUUCUGCAGGUUCUGUGGCACAAUAUUUCUUUUAUUCAUCAAGAAUUCUCCAUUUGAGAUGUUUAAUUUGUAAUUAUGCCUUGUAGUAAAUUCAUGAUGAGAUCUCAUUUCCAAA